AUGUGGGAGGGAUUUUGUUCUAAUCUGGCCAAUUACAAGUGGGUUGCAAGCAAGUUGGUUAAGGUGUUAGAAACUCGGCCGGACUUGACACCAAAAGAGGCUAAGGUGCACAUGGUUGACGAGUAUAAUAUGAAACUGCAUGACAAGAUGGUCGCAAGAGGCUUGAAGGCUGCAAGGGAACAAGUAAUUGGAAAGGAAGGAGAACAAUACGAGGGUCUGCCAUUAUUUGAUAGGCUUUACAUCUCGCUUGAGGCUUGUAUGCUUGGGUUCAAGGUUGGCUGCAGGCGGUUGAUUGGCCUUGACGGAUGCUUUCUGAAAGGAUAUUAUGGUGGACAGCUCCUAUCCGCAAUAGCACAAGACGGAAAUAAUCAUUUCUUUAUUAUAUCUUAUGCGGUGGUGGACAGUGAAAACACUGAGACAUGGAAGUGGUUUCUAACAAGGUUGAAAGAAGACUUGGGUGAUGUUUGCAAUGAAGAACUAAAUUUCAUCUCGGACCAACAAAAAGGGUUGGCAGCUGCCCUUAAUAAUGUUAUGCCCAAUGCAAAUCAUCGAAACUGUGUACUUCACCUUUGGAAGAAUUUCACAAAAAAAUUUAAAGACAAAGAGUCCAAAAGCAUGGUAUGGAGGUGUACAAAGUCAACUACUAAGAUGCAGUUCAAUAACAACAUGGAAAAGUUGAAGCAGAUAAAUUGUCAUGCAUAG